AUGCCAGAGCAUGGAGUGAACGACGAAGCAUUGGCUAUCCCUGAACACUUCCUGAGGAAGGGAAACUGCUUGCAGCACGACCUGCAAUUCAUCAAAGUCAUUCCAAUUCUUUCUCUAGCUCAGGUGUUGGCUGCUCGCAAGCUGCUCUAUGCUUUGAUGAGCUACAAGGACGACAAGGUCCAAACAGAAGCCUUGCAGCGGAUACUGAGGAUGCCGAUCCACAAUAUCAUGAUCGCCUUGUAUCCUCGUGUUUAUCCACUUCCAGGCAACACGCCAGAAGGCGUUGAUCUUCCAAGGCAUUGCUUAGCACUUGAAGAGCAAGUGUCCAGGGGGCCCGCGCCCGCCUACCUCAUCACCAAUGGCCUCGGCAUGUGGUAUCAUCAGUCAGGGGACCAGCCAGACCUGCGGGAGGCUGCUGGCGAGCUGGCAGAAAGGAUACGAGAGGUACUACAGCCAGUCUCAGACUGGAUCCCACUGCAUGAUCUUCCAAAACUGUCUGUGCUGAAGACAGAGGACUCCAGGAGAAGAUCAUGCAGGAGGCCACGCCCAGUGGCCGGCCUCGAUACGGAAGUCGAACACCAAGCGCGGUGGUCACCAAACAGACUGAACAUAUCUCCUGGCCAGAGAAGGUGUUAUUGUCAUCCCUUUUUGUUGAAGACACGGGUGUCCGAUCCCAAGUUCUUGGGGAGCCACAAAAAUCAGACCUUUCGGCUAGCGGCUAGCUGA